GCAAAUUCAAAUAAUAAUGGAUAAAUUGAAUACAGGGAUUGAUAAAUAUCCGGCGUUGGUUGGAAGUUGUUGUGUUUCCUUUGCCUGGGGGUAAAAAGGUCACCAGCUCAACUGCCAACCCUCGAAACCCCAAACCCCAGACCUCAUUCUCAUCUUCAUCUAUCUCCAUCUCCAUCUCCAUCUCUUGAGAUCCUCCUGGUCCUCCUUCUUCCCAUCGCCAAAAUAUAUAUCCUAUCUCCUUCCCUUCGCCAACCUUGUCAUUGCUUUCCCUCUCCUCCCCGUCUCAUACUGCGCCUUCGCCACGGCUUCAGCCUCCGCCGAGCUAAAAUCCCGGUGUGGCUGCGAUCCUGCUCGUCAUCCGCAGAAUUACCCGUUCUGCGACUUCUCGCGGAUCUAGCCAUAUGCCACUAUUGAUGCUUAGUGCGGAAUAACGCCUGUCUGGGUGAAUUCAGGAGAUCAUCUAGUUAUACUUAAAAUACAACAGACCUCGCUUUCCCUCCUCCCCCCUCUUCCGGGUUCCCUUUAUCCAAAACAGUUCAUCCCGCAUUUGUUCUCCAACAUGAACUACCACCAAUCCGCCCGCCCCAUCCCCUCCCGUGCGUUCGACGACUUUCUGUUUUAAGAGCAUGUCUUUGCGCACACACCAGCCAAAUACCAGAUGUCCGCGUCAACGUCCAUUCCUGAUGCCCGGUUCGGCCUCACCUCCGCCGAGAUGCAGAUGGCGGUGCACCAGCAGCAGAUCGCCCUCCAGGGGAGCCGCGCUGGCAGCCUUGUGUCCCGGGGGAGAGGCAUGGGGAGGAAUAGCAAUUCGAGCUCGCGGGCUACCAGUGCCGCCAGCGCUGCCAGUAGUCAUGGCAGACUGCUGCUCGACCCGGAUAGCUUGCAAGCGCUCUAUUAUCAACUCGAGAAUCUGUUGAGGGAUAUACGGCGAAGAAUAGAUUAUUUGACUGAACAAUCUGAACUAUCAAUCCAAAAUACCUAUGACGAAGCGGGCAAUGUCGUUGCGAAUGCAGAUAUCGAGAUUGCGCGAAUGCACCAAAUAUUACAAAACAUCGAUGAAUUGGAAACUGAAUUCGACAAGAUCCGACGCAUCAGGGACAUCGUCAAGCAAUACAGAUCUAGAGUGGAGAGUCUAGACCACCGGUUGGACCAGGCCGCCCGCAGAAGACGCUGAUAUGACAUUCCUCCUCCUUGUUUAUUCUCUCAUCUACCUGUUUAUAUUCCUUUUCACGUGGUAGUGAGGGGAAAUGUGAAAUUAAAUCCCGUAAUGAAAAGCUCAGCGAGACGGAAUGAGCCCACGUUUACGAUGCCACGAGAGAACGCUUUUCCAAUUUUCCCCUUUCCGUUUUUACAUAUGCAGCGAUAUUCCUCUGUUACGAAAACCGCGAUCCCGGCCCAAUUCGUCACCUCGACUGCUGGGUGGUCCUGCUCUCUGACACAACCCGUUAAUGUUGCUACCGCAGCCUCGAAAACAAAAUAAAUGACACAUAUCCCACGUGCUCAGCGUAAACAAAAAGAAUCAGGAUAUCGGAUAUUCAAAUUUCGCCGAUAUUUAGUCCUCGCGGACAAUCAUCUUUCCUCCACGUUGCUUACAACGCGCAGACAUGGGUACGGAAAUCAAAAGCCACCCGCAUUGAUGUAGAGUACGCCACCCGCUCCGAGCCAGUGUGGAAAGAAUUAUAACCCCUUAUUAUAUUCCCGUAAGAUCCGCAAAUUCCACUUCCGCAAUGUUUGCUGGAUCGGGAAGAGGUGGAACUUAAUUAACCCUGUACACCUUCUAUUUUUCUGUUUUGCAACUUUCUAUCUACUUUCUGUCUUGGAUACAAAAUCUUCUAAGAAUGGUUACAUGCCUCACGGCCGAAACUUUUGAUUUUCGUUCUUUUUUUUCACUUUGAUUGGUUUUUACUUAUUGGAUCCCUACCUGCCUAGGUAAAUAUUGGAGAAACGGAAGCCUGGUUGGCUGGGGGGGGUGGAAGAAACAAAAAAGAUGAGACUGAACCUGAAUCUGAUACCAUUUCAUGCCUUCCCCCUUCCCCUAGCUUCCUGCGCCAUUUGCCCUGUUCUCUCUAUCCUGCUUAACCCCGCUUCGUCAGCGGAUGUUGGUAUUUUUUAUGGCCUUCUUUAAGCGUAUUUUGCUUACUACCUACACUACGCUCCUGCAUCCCCUACCCUACCUCCUAUUAUAUAAUAUUAUAUAUUGGUAAAUAUCCGUAUGUAUUAUUUCUCUUCCUCUUUCUUUCUUUUUUUCUUCUUUUGUUCCCUCCUUACGUCCAGCCUUUCAAGCGGUACCAGGUUCUUCGUUUUUAUCCAAGUCUUAGGAUUUCCAUAACAGCCAGUUUUGUUUCAAGAUUUUGUUUCAAUAUCCGACGCGAAUAUUAUUGAUUUUAUUUGCCCUUCGGCCCUUUUUUCUUUGUCGAUUGAUCACACGUAUGUCAAGACCCUUUCUUUUUUUGUUGUAGUUCCUCGCCACCCCACACCGUUUGUCAUGUCCUCUUAGCCUUCUUAUUAUGUGCGUAGGUAUUCUUAUAAGCUCGAUAUUUUUUCUAGUGAUUACGUAUAUAGCUAGCUGCCCCUAUACCGCCCCUUUUUCUUUUCUUUUCUUUUCUUUUCUUUUCUUUUUUUUUGGUUUUUAUCUUCUGUUUUCGAACCUAUCGGAUAGACUAGCUCACUGCAUGGCCAGUUAUUGCUCACAUUGGUGAAUUACUAGAAAUAGCCAAUAUGAAUUCCACCCUUCUAGACCUAAGAAUCUAUAUACAUGUACAUAUACUGUACUAUUAUGCAUAGGAACGGUCAAGGGAAACUUAGAGAAUCUCCCCUCGGUCUUACAUGUGUGCUUGAGGGCCAUGUCCAGGCAACACGGCGCAAAGCGAAUAUGACCUGGGAGACAACAUCAUGGAGCGCUAUGGUUAUUUGUUUAAUCGCUACUAGAUAACUAGCUAUUUUCGCUCUCUCUCCCUCUCUCCCUCUCUGACAUCCCAUUUUUUCUCCUAUAAUACGUUGCGUUUUGCAUCGUACAUAUGUAAACACCAAACUGCCUGUCAGGGAGCAUCAAUGGAUCUUUCCCAUCAAGCUUGUUUCCGCGAUGCGCUGUCCUGACUACCUACUUCCGUAUUUCGGAGUGGGACGUGGAUCGUGUAGCCUCAUACCGAGAGGUUGUUCGUAAGUUUUGGCGGUGACCCGCGAAUCCCUCCCCCGUGCGU